AUGUCCAGUGGAGACUUCAAGCACGCAGUCCCCGUGGAAAAUCCUUCCAAAGAUCGAUGCACCGGCUCUUUCAUUGCCACCUGCCUUAUAGUUAUCUGCUGCCUUGUGCUAUUAGGAAUCCUCACAACCCCUAUCAUCCGGAGACUCUACAAAGACGAACUGGGAGGUACGGACCAGCGUUUUCAGAAGACCAAAGUCUGCCGGUCUUUGUCUUGCUAUCGAAUGACGAAGGAGAUACAGGGAACGCUGACUUCAGCCGUGGCGCCAUGUACGGACUUCUACUCGUACGUCUGCACAGGCUGGACCCACAACAACGUUAAAGGCGCCAACGUCACGUGGUUGGCGAGUAAGCGCUUUGUUGAGCAAAUAGAGACUGCUCUCAAGUUGAAAUCUCCCUCCCCAAACUUCCAGACCGUACUAGACAUGGUGGUCCUCUUGUACCAGUCGUGUAUAACCUCUACCACUGCUCCCUUGGUGGAGGGAAUGAAGGUCGUGUUCGACCGUUUAAAGAUCACCAACUGGCCCAACUUCGAGCACACUGACUGGGAAUCGUUCGACGUCUUUACAGAGCUUAUGGACGCCGAUAUCAACUCGGGUACAAUGCUGCUAUUCAAGUUUGAACGCUCAUACCGAUGGAACUUUGAGACUAUGAGGACGUCCAUACUACAUACUCCCUACGUCUGUCCUUACGAAAAGAUGUCAAGAAAUUUUGCGGAUCUUAAAGCACUUGAGCUCGAAUACACAGAGUACGUGACAAAAGUUUUUGAACUGUUUAAACAUACAUACUCAGUCGCUGCUAAGGACGUUGCUAAUAUUCAGAUUUCCCUGUGCAACGCUUUAAGCUCCAAAGCCACUUAUAGCUACUACACAUUCGGAGAUAUUGUCGCCAGGACAAAGAAACUCGGCCUUACAAAAGAUGACUGGCUUAACGCCCUGAAACCGCUUGGCAAGUUUACAGAUGCGACUCUUCUGCAUACAAAUGUCGAUUACAUGGAGACUGCUCUCAGGCUCACCCUGAGGGCAAGUCCAGAAAUUGCUAUGAAGUUCAUCGGUUUCACAAUUCUCCAACAAAUGGCCUGGGUGCACGACGAUCUGCGGAAAAUUCGCGAGCAGUUCUCUUUCGUCAGAGAACCCGCUGUGAGUUCUGCUGUGCCGACCGACCCCUGCUCCAAAGUGAUCCUGACGCACUUCCGGAAAGCGUGGAAUAUUUUCGCUAUUACUAUUGCCAACCCCAACAGCACAGUCUCCAAAGAUGUAGAUCAGUUGAUACGCUCUGUCAAGAGUGCGGCGAUUCGCAGAGUUAGGUCUUCCGCCUGGAUGGACGAGACUUCCAAGUCUAGGACGAUAUCAAAAUUGAUAAGAACCACCCUUGUGUCCCCAAGUCUCUCUUCGCACAUGAAGACUUUUAAGAUGACUGACCACUUCAAAGAUCUAGAAGCCUUAACAGAAAACUUCUUCGACAACCUGCUCAAGAUUCGUAGGAACGACGCCAUUUUUCGUGUCUCUGGCCUGAUGCGGCGCAUAUCUGAACCAAACUACGCGUUAGCCGGUGGCGACGUGGACAUGGACAGAGUGAGUGUACUCGCCGGUCUUGUGCAGCUUCCAUUCUACGCGCGCGAGCUCCCAAUUGCCAUUAAAUACGGUGGAAUCGGCGCCAUCACAGGUGGUCUCGUAGCAAGGAUAAUCACGGGAGAGGGCACCUCAAAGAACGAGAUCGGUAGGACCAGCGAAUGGUGGUCUGGAGAUACAUACCGCGAGUACAAGAGAAGAGCAUUUUGCUUUGCUAAGCAAACCGACCCAACGUCCCUUCAAAAGGAGGAACCGCGCGUCGUGCCACAUUAUCUAGGAUUGAGAAUCGCUUUCGACGCAUUGCAGUACGCCAGGAUGGACCGCGGGACUCAAGUAUUGCUGCCGACCUUUCUGGGUGCUGAGGAGCGGCUAUUCUUCAUUACCUACUGUCUCGGUUUGUGCGGCAGCGUGAACGUUGCAGGUGAAUUGUCGCUGCCUCUGCAGUCGUUUCGGCUCUGCAAUGAAGCCGUCAGAAACAUGCCUGAAUUCUCGGAGGCCUUCAGGUGCCCGAACACCACAACCUCUCCAAACGCGACGAUGAAUCCAAACGAGAAGUGCGAGUUGUAUUGA